AUUCAAUGCUCAAGAUUUUUUGUCAAUCUUACUCGACGAGUUAAACAAUAGGAAUGGUAAGUACGCUUCUGCCCGCAAAAAAUAUGAAGACUCCCUUAAGCUUCUGAAAGGAUAUAAGGACCAAAAUCAAGCUUUGGCCUAUCGUUUAGAAGAGGUCCAAAUGUCAUGGCGCUUCUUGGAUACUCAGUUGCGGUAG